UGUUUGUAAAACUUCCAAACCCAUACGAAUAUCACUUCCCUCCAGCUUUCUACCGUUUUGCUUUCUUUACUGUGGCCUGCUCUUACCUCAAUUGCACAAAUCUUGGUCUCAGCGAGGGAUCUAGGCCCGAAACGUCAGCUUUCCUGCUCCUCUGAUGCUGCUUGACCUGCUGUGUACAUCCAGCUGCACACCGUGUUAUCUCGGAUUCUCCAGCAUCUGCCGUUCCGGUUUUCUCAGCGACUCUGCACCGCACUCGUGGAUGAUCACGUGGUUUUCACUGAUCCCGCCCUCCCUUCAUUCUGAUUGGGCGACAUCCGUCCGGUCAUGCACGGCACACCUGUGCUCCUAUUGGUCGCGCACUGACAUCAAUCAGCCAGACUUCACUGUGAGCUGGAGCAUGCGCAGUGCUUUGUGUUAUUGUUCGAAGCAAAUGAACGUCGUCGCAAUGUUUCAUUUUGAGACGAAUGAGACUGAAAACUGGAUCUGUCUUUUUACCUUCACAGAUGCUGCCAGACCUGCUGAGCUUUUCCAGCAACUUUGCUUUUGUUCCUGAUUGACAACAUCCCAGUUCUUUUGUUAUUUUUUAAUAAGUCGCGAUUGAAAAGGCUUCCUGCCGCUCAAAGCUGAAGGUACUCUUGAUACCGCUCUGUCAGCCAAUAGAGAAAUAGCGGUGAAAUAAGGGUAAUAAAUACAGGUCUAGCAGUCCUCAGGUAAGAUGUAAAGGGAAUAAUUAUGAAUAUGAAGAACAUCACGUGGUGAAGUGAGGUGAGUGUUGUUCAUAUGAACUGUGAUUGGGCAGAGAGGGAGGUUAAUCAAAAAAGAACAAGCAGAAAAGAGAUUCUCAAGAAAGGUCUGUGCAAUGGAAAGCAACGAGAAUCAGAAGAUAAAAGCCCAACACAAGAAAAAGUUUGAAGACCGCGGCUGCAGAAACUCCAAUAAGUUGUUUCACUGCUCUACUGCCUAGUUAUUGACUUAAGCAGUAUAAUCCACAUUCAACUGUCGGAAAUGUGUUUGAAUUUCCACAUUGCUGUUUGUCCUUCCACUUGAGGAGGAGCAUUUGGAAUGGCAGGAAGCAGCUGACAUCAGUGAUGUUUGGCUGGAAGUACAAGGUGAAGCAGGAAAACUGUAGGACAGAUGAGACCAUCCUUCCUCUUGACAGCUGACCAGCCAGUCUGGCCACCAAAUAAAUUAAUAGACGUAUUGGUCACAUGUGGGCAGGCCUCCUGGUGCCUUCACCUCCAUGGGCAAUAUACCAGGAAGGCUGUUAUGGGAAGAUGGCGGAGAUGGGAAACUGCAUCCAUGACAUGAUGCCCACGUUUACAAACAAGCCCUCCCCACAUGACAACCGCGUACAUGGAGAUGAAGUGGAAAACAGCAGUGUAAUUAGAACUAACACGAAUUGAAGCGGAGGGAAAGGAGCAAUACCUUCGUGGUAUCACUCUUGGUUGUGAGAAGAGUUUUGAGGUUUGACGAUACUUCACCUUUCUCAUUCCUCAGACUCCAACCCACUUUGAUUCUGAAAGAUUUGACUGUUAUUUCCGGUCAGUCAGCUUGCCGAAGCAGUCAGAUUUCCGUCAUACUACUCUGAAUAAAAAUGGCAUCAGGAGAUGAGCUUCCAUCACAUCUCACUGUCAAUACCUCCAACGUUCAAAUUCUUAACUCUGAGACCUCAAAAAGACUCGUCGAAAAUUUUGUAAUCGCUCUCAUGAACAAGGAGCGUUUCUACAUCUGCACAUUCUUUUCGACAUACCAAGCAUAUACCACUGCUGAAAGUGUGUUGUACAUCCUCCUGGACAAAUAUGGAAGCUUUGACACCUCAGAGGCAGAAGAGAUUCCAGUAAUCGAUUCAGUGAGCACAAAGUCUAAAACCUUUGACAGCCCAAACUCUGAGAAAGAUGAAGAACCAAGUUCACCAAAAGAGACAGCAACAAUUUCAAAUUCUGGAAAUGUUGACAGUGCAAAUGGUGAGGAAAAUGGAAGUUGUGUUUCUUCAGGAUCCAGCGAAAUAAUUGCUGACUGUGAAAGCAUUGAGUCUGAACACUGUCCGAAUUCUGAUGAAAUUCAGAAUUUAAGUUCACCAGAAAAGGGAGCGACAGUCAAGAAAAGCAUAGACUUCAACAGAUCAAGCUUUCUGGAAGAAUAUAAUUUCAGUCCUGCAGAAAAGGAAACACUAAUGAAAAUUGCUAUACCUGAAAUUCUUGAAAUCUGGCUGGAGGAGUCUGCCGAAGACUUUCGUCAAGUUCCAACUUACUCUUGUCUCCGGAAGGUACUUUGCUACUUGAACCAGACAGUGCCGGGGUCAGAUGCUGAACAUCGGGCCCAGAAACUCCUGAGUCGGUUUUUGGCGGAGGAAACAGCGGAGAAAGAGAUGUUCAAAGGCUACCGUAGAAGAGUUAGAUUCUAUAUUGGAGAAGAACACGACCAAACCAUCGAACAAGUUGACGAAAAGCUCCUGUCCUACCCAUCACGCUUCAUUGCAGAGCAGCUGACUUUUAUGGAUGCUGAUCUUUUUCGGAAACUUGUGCCCAGCCAAUGUUUAGGGUCCAUCUGGUCUCAACGAGGGAAGGAAGAAAAACAGCAUCUGGUAUCAACCGUCCAGGCCACCAUUACACAGUUCAAUAAUGUUACAAAAUGUGUCACCAGCACCAUAUUAAGACCUCAACAGCUGAAACCACGGCAGAGGGCUAAAAUCAUUGAGAAAUGGAUUGAUGUUGCCCAGGAAUGUAGGAUUUUGCAGAAUUUCUCGUCAGUGCAUGCAAUUACUACGGCAUUGCAAUUGAAUAGUGUGUUCAAUUUGAAGAAGACUUGGGCAGCCGUGUCAAAGAGCAGUAAGACAACAUUUGAAGACCUUUCAAAUAAUGAAGAAGAUAACUUUAUAGCAAGUAGAGAGCUGCUAAUGGAGGAUAUCGUUCAGGGAAUUGUGCCGUCCCUGGGAACUUUCUUAACAGAAUUUUCAGCGCUGGAUUCGGCUUUCCCGAAUUGCCAUUCAAAUGGCUUGAUCAACUUUGACAAGAGACAAAAACUCCUCUGAACUCGAGAAACCGCCAAAGCCCAAAAAGAGUGUGUUUAAACACCUCAGCUGCCUGUUUUCAAAGAGAGGUGUUAAAAUACACAACACUCAAACUAAAAGCUCUGAGCAGCGAGC